UACGCAUUCAAAUCUAUCUGUCCCUAGUUCUUUAUAUGACAGUUUGGAUCCUGCGACACUGACAAGACAUCCAAAACGUACAGAAUCUGCUCCUGAUAUCUCGGAAUUUACUUUGAAUCAAAAGAAUACAUCGCUUAUAAAUAAGGCUUUUCCGGAUACUCCUCAGCAAUACCUUGAUAAAUUGCGUGAUACUUUAUCGAAAUCUGAAUUAGCAACCUUGCUUGCAAAAAGCAAGGACGUGUUUCAUGAAGCCGUAUUGCGAACGUACAUGGAGACUUUUAAUUUUCGCAACGAUCCCAUCGACAUUGCGUUACGAAAAUUUUUGUUGGAUUGUUACUUGCCGAAGGAGACGCAACAAAUAGAUCGCGUCAUGGAAGCAUUUGCUAAAAGAUACCAUGAGUGUAAUCCAGAUGUGUUUGCUUCUUCAGACGUGGCAUAUGUCUUAGCUUUUGCAAUGUUGAUGUUACAUACUGAUGCCUUUAACAAAAGUGUAAAGCGUAAAAUGACAAAGGAUGAAUUCGUAAAUAAUACAAGGAUCGAUGGCGUGCCAAGAGAAAUCCUUGAGAUUCUUUACGAUAAUAUAACUUUUGCUCGAUUUAUAUAUGCCGAUGAUGAUACGGACGUCAAUGGACAAACUAUGCUUACAUCUCCAUCAGAAAAUAGGCGAUCUAGAAUAUUUGGUUCUUUAAAGGAUCGCAGAAAAUCUUCGUUUGUAAAAAACGAUCC